UCCCGGGCCAUGAUCUGCGGCAGGAGGGCGCGUCCCGCCGCCGAGCAGCUCCGAGCCCCGUCCGACGGUGCCGGUGGCUCCCGCCGGCCCGGGAGAGCCCUGAAGAAAAUGGGGCUGACGGAGGAUGAGGAUGUGCAGCGGAUGCUCCAGGGGUCGCUGCUGUGGAAGGUGAAGGCCCGGGGGGGCUCCAGGGCGCGGCUGUUCCGCCUGCAGGAGGACGGGGUCACCGUGUGCUUCGAGGGACGGUUCCGGCGCGGCCGCGCCCCCCGCAGCUUCUCGGUGGCGCUGAUCGAGGCCGUGCGCGAGGGUCGCCGCUCCGAGGGGCUGCGCAAGCACGGCGCCGCCUUCCCCGAGCGCCACUGCUUCAGCCUGGCCUUCAAGGGCCGCCGCAAGAACCUGGACCUGGCAGCCCGAGGGGAGGAGGAUGCCCGGCACUGGGUGCAGGGGCUGGGCAAGCUGAUGGGGAGGCUGCAGGCCAUGAGCCAGAUGGAGAAGCUCGACCAUUGGAUCCACGGGGUCCUGCAGCGAGCAGACAGGAACAAGGACAACAAGAUGUCCUUCCGGGAGGUGAAGAGCAUGCUGAGGAUGCUCAACAUCGACAUGGAUGAUGUCUACGCCUCCAAGCUCUUCAAGGAGUGCGACCACUCGGGCAACGAGCGUCUGGAGGGCCGGGAGCUGGAGGAGUUCUGCCGGCGGCUGCUGCGGCGCCCCGAGCUCGAGGAGCUCUUCGGGCGCUACUCGGGCGAGGACCGGGUGCUGUCGGCCGAGGAGCUGCAGGAUUUCCUGAGGGACCAGGGCGAGGAGAGCAGCCUGCGCCAGGCCCGCGCCAUCAUCCGCACCCACGAGCUCAACGACAAGGCCAAGCAGCAGGACCUGAUGAUGCUGGACGGUUUCAUGAUGUACCUGCUGUCACCUGCUGGGGACAUCCUCAACCAGGAGCACACCAAGGUGCACCAGGACAUGAGCCAGCCCCUGAGCCACUACUUCAUCUCCUCGUCCCACAACACCUACCUGACCCGCAACCAGGUCGGCGGCAGCAGCAGCACCGAGGCCUAUGUCAGGGCGCUGCGGGCCGGGUGCCGCUGUGUGGAGCUGGACUGCUGGGAGGGCCCGGACGGGGAACCUGUGGUGUACCACGGGCACACCCUCACCUCCAAAAUCCUCUUCCGAGACGUCAUCGAGAGCAUCCGCGACUCUGCCUUCGAGAAAUCGCCCUACCCCGUCAUCCUGUCCCUGGAGAACCACUGCGGGCUGGAGCAGCAGGCCACCAUGGCCCGGCACAUGAAGGCCAUCCUUGGGGACAGGCUGCUGACACAGCCCCUGCAGGGACAGGACCCCCACGAGCUCCCCUCACCAGAGCAGCUGAAGGAGAAGAUCCUGGUGAAGGGCAAGAAGCUGCCAGAGCUGUGGCAGGAGCCACGGGGUGUCACCUCCCUUCUGGACCCCGAGGAGGAGGAAGAGGAAGAGGAGGAAGAAGAGGAGGAGAAAGUGCAGGAGAGAAGCCCCCGGCGGGACGCGUCGCAGGUGUCCCCGGAGCUGUCGGCGCUGGUCGUGUACUGCCAGGCUGUGCCCUUCCCCGGGCUGGCCCAGGCCCUGCGCCACCCCCAGCCCUGCCACGUGUCCUCCUUCAGCGAGAGGAAGGCUCGGAAGCUCAUCAAGGAAGCAGGCCCAGCCCUGGUGCGGUACAACGCCCGCCAGCUCAGCCGCGUGUACCCGCUGGGGCUCAAGAUGAACUCUGCCAACUACAACCCCCAGGAGAUGUGGAACGCUGGCUGCCAGCUGGUGGCCCUGAACUUCCAGACGCCGGGCUAUGAGAUGGACCUGAACGCCGGGCGCUUCCUGCCCAACGGGCGCUGUGGCUACGUCCUGAAACCGCCCUGCCUCCACCUCCCUUCUUUCACCGUGUCCCCAGCCCCAGCCAAGUGCCACCCAGGUCCCUUCUGGGGACACCCACAUGUCCCCUGUGCCCAGGUGAUCACAGCCCAGCAGCUGCCCAAGCUCAACAGGGACAAGGGCAGCUCCAUCGUGGAUCCCUUCGUGCGCGUGGAGAUCCAUGGGGUCCCGGCCGACUGCGCCAAGCAGCAAACCCACCACAAGCUCAACAACGGUUUCAACCCGCGCUGGGAGGAGACGCUGCGGUUCCAGGUGCGGGUGCCCGAGCUGGCCCUGGUGCGCUUCGUGGUGGAGGAUUACGACAGCACCUCCUGCAACGACUUCGUGGGGCAGUUCACGCUGCCCCUGCCCAGCAUGCGCCAAGGGUACCGCCACAUCCACCUGCUCUCCAAGGAUGGCACCUCCCUGGCCCCGGCCACGCUGUUCGUGCACGUUCGAGCCAAGAGCCUGUGAGGGAGCACAGCAGGGACAGCCUGGUGUCCCCAUGGAGGGACAUUGGGGACAUUGUGGCUGUGAGGGAGCACAGCAGGGACAGCCUGGUGCCCCCAAGGAGGUGCCCAUGGGGACAUUGUGGCUGUGAGGGAGCACAGGAGGGACAGCCUGGUGUCCCCA